UUGAGUGGUAAAAACUAUUUCAUGAACUAUGAAACACUAGUUUUCAAGAGCUCCUCGCCAUUAUAAAUUACUAAACCAACUUUCCGUCUGUGUGGGAAAGAAUACAUCAACAAACCUGCUCUAAACCUAUUUUUCUGAAUUAUUUGAUGAGUUCAUUUGGCCAAAACAACUAUGUUUUAGUUUUCUUCCUUGUUUUCACUUCGUGGAAUUGCCAUGUAGUGUGUCGCAAGUUGCCUGAGGCCUUGUUAUCGGAGAGACAUGAGAAGUGGAUGGCACAACAUGGUAAGGUGUACAAGGAUGCUACUGAGAGGGAAAAACGGUUCCAAAUAUUCAAGAACAAUUUGCAGUUCAUUGAGUCCUUCAAUGCUGCUGGGGACAAAUCUUUCAACCUAAGCAUUAACCGAUUUGCUGACCUCCAUAAUGAAGAGUUUAAGGCUUUACUAAUUAAUGGUCAGAAGAAGGAACAUAGCGUAUGGUCACCAACAGAAACAUCGUUUAGGUAUGACAGUGUCACUAAGAUUCCUGCUACCGUGGACUGGAGGAAAAAAGGUGCUGUUACUCCAAUCAAGGACCAAGGCACAUGUCAUAGUUGUUGGGCCUUUUCAGCUGUGGCUACAAUUGAGGGUCUUCAUCAUAUAAAGAAAGGUGAAUUGGUGUCGCUGUCAGAACAAGAACUGGUAGAUUGUGUGAGAGGUGACAGCGAGGGAUGCAACGGUGGUUAUGUGGAAGAUGCCUUUGAAUUUCUUGCAAAGAAAGGAGGAAUAGCAAGUGAAACAAACUACCCCUACAAAGGGGUUAACAAGAGUUGUAAGGUUAAGAAGGAAAGUGAUGGUGUAGCUAUUAGGAUCAAAGGGUACGAGAAAGUUCCAGCUAACAGUGAAAAGGCACUCCUAAAAGCACUGGCUCAUCAACCAGUGUCAGCUUAUGUUGAAGCAGGAGGAUCUUCUUUCCAGUUUUAUUCAAGUGGGACUUUUACAGGAAAAUGUGGAACUGAAAUAGAUCAUUCUGUUGCAGUGGUUGGUUACGGAAAAGGUGGUGACGGUACUAAGUAUUGGUUGGUAAAGAAUUCAUGGGGAACAGAAUGGGGUGAGAAAGGGUACAUAAGGAUGAAGAGAGAUAUACAUGCCAAGGAAGGCUUGUGUGGAAUUGCUACUGGUGCCUCUUAUCCAACUGCUUGAGUGUUGCUAUUAAUGCACCCACAUAAAUAGUUCCGUAUAUAAGUUUAAUUGGUAUGUAAUCAUCAUUUCGUAUAGACCUACGUAGUCCUUCAAUAAGAUGCUCGUGUUUUAUCUUAUGAUGCUUAUCUGAACGUGUAGUUUCUACUAAAUAAUGAAAAUAUUACUAUAUAUAUAUUUAUACCUGCUGUUCG